UAGGGAAAAAGGCAACCCUCCUCAUUCUAAGAGACCUCAGACAAUUCAUCCAUACAAAAGGCUAAAACCUACGACAAAACUGAAUCCAUCAUGACUGGCCCGGAGAUUUGCAUUAGGAGCUUUAAGCCCAUCCCGACUCAUGAGUAUACCAAAAGUGGCCAACAAACAAAGCAUCUCAUUGCUUUGGACUAGAGAGUCAUCUUGGAUCUUAACACUCCAAGCAUUGGAUACUCUGACCUGGGGGACACACGGUUGAACUUACACAUCCAUGAUUUGGUUAUUAAUCCACUUAUGAAAUAUAAGAGCGGAAGAGAAACAAAUGUGAGAUAUAAUAGAUGAUGUGAUAGAAAAAAACAAGUGUGAGAAAGGAAGAGAAAUGGAGUGAAAAUAAGAUUGUAGAAAAAUAAUUGCAAGGUCGAACUAAACUAUGUGAAAAAAAAAAAGCACAUUAUUAUGUGAGUUCUUCAUUUUGAACGUGAAGACUGAAGAGAGUACCUGUUGCAAAUGUUGAAUAUAACUAUAUAGAUUAAAGUAGUAUUAGUCAUAGAUGACUAUUGGAAGACAUCAUAGCAUCAAGUGGCUGUAGUUUAGUGGUAAGAAUUCCACGUUGUGGCCGUGGAGACCUGGGCUCGAAUCCCAGCAGCCACACUAAACUGUUGUUUUUAUUUUUUUUUGAAAUGAAAACAGUUAAACUAGUAACAUGAUUAGGGUCCCUUUCUUAGCUCAACUGUGAUUUCGAAGAAGAUGGGUCGUAGCGUGUCACGAUCGCGCUCACCGUCUUACAGAAGUAGUAGAAGAAGAAGAAGAAGAUACUCUCCUCCUCCUUCUUCCCGAAGCAGCAGGCGGCGUCGAAGGCAUAGAAGCAGAAGCUCUUCCUCACACUCUCCUUCACGCAGCCCUACUCCUAAACCCAAAAAAGACCCACCACCAUCACCAUUAAACAAAAGGCGUCAACAUGAGGAAGAGUUGAAACUUUUGGAAGAAGAGACAGCAAGAAAAAUCGAAGAAGCAAUUCGAAAAAAUGUUGAGGAGAAGCUUAAUUCAGACGAAGUCAGGUUAGAAAUUGAAAGACGUGUGGCAGAGGGUGUGAAGACAUUAUUUGAUGAUGUUGAAGCUCAACUUGGAAAAGAAAAGGAAGAUGCUCUUGCCGAAGCCAGGAGGAAAGAAGAGCAAGCUCGAAAAGAGCGAGAAGAGCUGGAUAAGAUGCUUGAAGAGAAUAGGAGGAGAGUGGAGGAGUCUCAAAGAAGAGAAGCUCUAGAGCAGCAAAGAAAGGAGGAGGAACGACAAAGGGAAUUAGAGAUGAUUCAAAGACAGAAAGAAGAGGCUGCUCGGAGAAAGAAGCUGGAGGAGGAAGAAGAGCAUGCUAAUCGGAUAUUGGGUAAGAGCACAUCUAGGCAUAAGUCUUACGGCUUAUAAUUACUAUUAUGUGAUGUCAUAUUGUACCAACUUAUCUUUACCCUUGUUAGAAGCCAUUGUCUUGAAUGAAAAAUUGGAUGCUCAUAAUCGAGGCUGUCCUUUGUUUGAUCAUGUGUCAUUGGUUUUGAUUUUUUAAGUCUGGAGGCAGUAGCCAAUGAUCAAUGGAAAUUUAUCAUGUGUUAUGUUCAAGGCUUGAUCACACUUUCUCAGAUGUUUUCUGAUGUCAAUAGAAUUUACAAAUUCAAGUUUCAAAGAUGAUGUAUUCGAUAUUCUACUGUAAGCUUAAUGUCUCGAGUACUAUUUAUUUCUGCUA